UCUCGAAAAAUGCCACACUCAGCUACAAUAUAUCAGGAAAUUUCCCUCUUUCGCUCUCGGAUUCAAAAUCGAUGGGUUGAUGAUGUAACAAUUCGAGUUCUCGAGUCGAUUUUAGUUUCAAAAGAUGUGCAGUCGUCGAUUGAUUUCAAAUCGGUUUUGAAACGGUUCAUGAGAGACGAAUCUCUUCUUAUCUUCGGUGAAAUCGCGGAAGAAUCAGUCGAGACUAAGCUUACAUGUGCUGAGUUUCUGAUUCGUGUUUUUGCUAUGAUUGGCGACGUCGAGAGUUGCUUGGCCUUGAGAUAUGAAGCAUUGGUUCUGCGAGACGAGAUGACUACUAUUCACCCUGAGCUUCAAGUCACUUCUAAAGAAUGGCUCACCUUCACUGAGCAUUCAGUUGAAAAUGGAUUCCAUUCCAUUGCAAAUCAGGCAUGCGAAAAGGCACAUAUGUCCUCAGGCGCUAUUCAUCUGGAAUCAGAUGAUCUCUUCCAUGAUGUGAAUGCGAUGGAGAAAAUCGAUAGAUUGAAGGAUGGUGCUUUGCUAAAGAUUUCUUCACAAUCUGUCCAGGCACAGGCUAAAGCAUACUCAAAGUGGAAAAAAGUUAAGGAGAGUGCACAACAGUUAACCAUCCCUACCGAAUCACAAAAAGGAAGUUCUCUGUUUAGAAGUGGGAUCAAAAUGCAUAAUUUGCGGAAAUUGCAUGAAUAUCAACGUCUUCAAAUGAAGGGAAUCUGCAAUUAAUUCCGAGUUAGUGAUAUGACAAUGCAGCUAAGCAUUAUUGGCUUGUGAUGAAAUGAAGUCCAUUCGGUCACGUGCCUAUGUUAUCCUGCACAACUAGUUAAUUUCCCUUCUUCCACUUGGGAUUGUGCCUACGGUAGCAUGGAAUCAAGAAUGAUAAGCAAGGUUAGAAUCCUAUUAUCCUUUAGGCACACACCUAACACAUGAAUUAGAUCAAACACAAUUAUUUUAUGGUUAUAUAAAUA